AUGGGUCUUGCUAUACUUCUCUUAAUCGUUAUCUUCCUUCAAGCUAUUUUUAAUGGUUAUCAAGAUUGGACUUCUAGUGCUGUUAUGAAAUCAAUUAAUAGUAUGCUACCUUCUACUGCUACCGUAAUACGUGAUGGAAAAUCUCAAUCAAUUCCUCUAUCAACUUUAGUCAUAGGUGAUUUGGUUUUAUUAAAAAUUGGUGCUAAAGUACCUGCUGAUGUUCGUAUAAUAAAUCAAGUUGAUCUUAAAUUUGAUAAAUCUGUCUUAACCGGUGAAAAUAAACCCGUUAACGCCACUGUUGAAAUGACUGAUGAUAUUUACCUGGAAUCUCGUAAUAUUGGUCUUAUGGGUACUUUAAUAACUAAUGGUGAAGGUUUAGGUAUUGUUGUAGCUACUGGUGAUCGUACUGUUAUGGGAAAGAUUGCUAAAUUAUCUUCUUCUACUUCACAAGAAAGAUCUAUUUUACAAAAAGAAAUUACUAGUUUCGUUAUAAUUAUUACUUGUUUAGCUAUUACUACUGCUGCUUUAACUCUUAUUGUUUGGGCUGCUUGGUUAAGAGUUGAUUAUCCAAAUUUUAUUGAUUUAUCUGGUGCUCUUGUAAAUUCCAUCGGUGUACUUGUGGCUUAUGUACCUGAAGGUCUUCCAAUUGCUGUGACUUUAACUUUAACUUUAGUGGCUAGAAAAAUGGCAAAACAAAAAGUUUUAGUAAAAAAUUUAACUGUAGUUGAAACUUUAGGUUCGGUAAAUGUAAUAGCAAGUGAUAAGACUGGCACUUUGACUCAAAAUCAAAUGUUUGUAGAUAUAGCUCAUGUUGGUGAUGAAUCUUUUGAUCGGGAAAAAUCUCUUGAAGCUAAAAAUUCAAAAUCUUUAGAAUUUCCAAUUAAUGAAAGAACUAUUUUGGGUGAUGGUACUGAUUCGGCUAUUCUUCGUUUUGUUACUGAAUAUGCUAUUAAUGAUUCGGAGAUUGAACAAUUCGGCAAAAUUGCUGAAAUACCUUUUAAUUCAAAAAAUAAGUGGAUGUUACGUGUAAUGAAACCUAAGGACAAUAACAAUGUAUAUAGGACUGAUCGGCAUAUCUUGGUGAUUAAAGGUGCUCCUGAUGUGUUACUCGGUAGUUGUACACGUAUUCUCAAUCCUGAUGGUACUGAAAGACCACUUGAUGAUAAUGCUCGAAAAUCUUUGGUUGAUACUCAAUCUGAAUGGAGUAGUGCUGGUAAACGUGUCAUCUUACUUUGUCGUCGUGUUAUUACAAAUGAAAGUGAAAUUCCUUCGGAUACUAGUGAUUUGGAAUUACUUGGUCAACUUUCUUAUAAUUUAACUGUCAUUGGACUCAUGGGUAUUCUUGAUCCACCACGACCUGAAAUUCCUGAUGUUAUAAGGACUUGUCGUGGUGCUGGAAUUAGAAUCUUUAUGGUUACCGGUGAUUUUUCUUUAACCGCUUCUUCUAUAGCUAAACAAGUUGGUAUCUUUUCCGAUUCAGAGAAUACCAUACAUACUAUUAAUGAUCUUGAACAAUUUUCUGAAAAAUUGGAAAUUGUCGAACAUAAAGAAUCAACAGAAGAAAUUCCUAAAAAAGUAAAAUCACUUUUGUUGACCGGAUCUGAUUUAGCAACAUUGAACGAAAAACAAUGGGAUAUAGUCAUUACUUAUGAUGAAAUUGUAUUUGCUCGUACAACUCCUGAACAAAAAUUACGUAUAGUUCAAGAAUUUCAAAACAGAGAUUCAAUCGUUGGUGUAACUGGUGAUGGUGUUAAUGAUGCACCUGCAUUGAAAGCAGCUAAUAUUGGUAUUGCUAUGGGAGGUGGAAGUGAAGUAGCAAUAGAAGCAGCAGAUAUGGUACUUUUGGAUAAUAACUUUUCAUCAAUAGUAGUUGCUCUAGAAAGUGGUCGCCUAGUCUUUGAUAAUUUGAAAAAAGUUAUUCUAUAUUUAUUACCUGCUGGAUCUUGGUCCGAAUUACUUCCUGUACUUGUUAAUGUAUUUUUAGGUGUUCCAUUACCUUUAUCAACAUUUUUAAUGAUAUCGAUUUGUGUGUUAACCGAUAUGCUUCCUUCUAUCGCUCUCAUGUACGAGAAAGCUGAAAAAGAUGUACUUACACGUCCACCUCGAAAUCCAAAAAAAUCACGUCUUGUAGAUUGGAAAUUACUUGUUCAAGCUUACCUUUUCUUAGGUAUGAUGGAAUCAUUCUUUUCACAUUGUAUGUAUUUUCGUUACAUGCAAAAAUAUGGUGGAUUUCAACCAUCAGAUUUAUUAUUAGCUUAUAAUAAAUGGACAGAUGGAUAUAAAGGAUAUACAGGAGAUCAAUUAAACGAAUUUAUGUAUACUGGACAAUCUGUUUUAUUUGUUAGUUUAGUUGUCAUGCAAGCUUUUGGAAAUCUUUUUGCAACUCGAACAAGAUAUUUAUCAUUAUUUCAACAUUUACCAAUUAAAAAACGAUCAAGUAAUUAUUAUCUUUUUUGUGCACAAAUUGGAUCUAUCCUUCUUGCUUGUAUUAUAAUAUAUACACCCGCAAUUAAUGAUGCUUUAAAUACCCGACCUAUUCCCGUGGAAUUUUGUGGAAAAUGA